GUUAACAGACGAAAGGGCUGAUGAGAGACUGUUCCUCGCUUUUCCCUUUCGCUUUGACUGGCUGCUUGUCGUGUCGUCUCGAUUCUCGAAACAAUCAACCUCAGCCUCUCAGCAGCCAUCCAACCGAUCCGGUCCGAUCAGCACUGCAGCCCGCCAGCCCGUCCACUGUCACGGGUCCGUCACUUCAGUUCACACGGCUCGCCUGCUGCAUGUUGCUUGUUGCUUGUUGCUUGUUGCUUGGGCUUUGCUAGAGCAGCGUUGCAGUCGCAAUUCGACGAGAUCCGGAUCAAUCGCCCCCAUUGAUUUCGCCCAAUCUAACCAAUCUCCCCUCCAGCCAACUGCCACCCACACCACACCCUCGUCUAUCUCGUCUCACCUUGUCCGCCUGCUUCCUUCCCAUUUGUGACCACAGCCGCCGUUUUCCUCUCCCCCCUCUGGUCUUCUAGUCUUGUUCUGGCCGUCUCCUGUCUCGUCACUUCUCACCCAAUCCACCACCUCUCCACCUCCCCCCCUCCCCACCCACAUACAUAGCACGACAGGAUAGCGGGUGCCGCUGCGCUGUACAUGCAUUGCAGUGCAGUGCCAGAGACAAGUCGACAGAGCACCACCCUAGCCCCUAGCACGCGGGGAAGGCCGACCGCCCUCCGCCCUCCGCCCGCCUACCGCUUUCACCGUUACUCCGUGCACCUCUCACCACUGACCUGGCAUUAGCAGCCUGGCACCUGGCACCUGGCAACCCUGGGCGGUGGGAACUGGCUCCAGAACCAGCCGAUGCGAGUCUACCUUUGCUCGGUGCGGGCCCCAGCAACAGAUUGAUUGGCCCAAAACCUGCAAUAAUAUCGGCAGUACCGACCACUUUCACCUCUUCCCACACCACCCUGCCCUGCCCUGCCCUGCCCUGCCGCCAACCAAGUCCCGAUCUUCACGCCUUGCUGCUGGACUGAAGCUUCGACACUGCUGCACUCCGGUUUUCCCAUCUGACGACACCUCCGUCCGACAACGUCGCUCAUUCGGCCAUCCCACACCACUGCCGCUGUGUCAAUUGACGUCUGCGCCUGUUCUCCUUGCUGGCCCAACGGCCGCACAAAGGGGUCCAGUCUCAAUUGUCUCAGCGGCACGAGGAGCCGAUCUGACGGGCCCAUUCUCCUCGCCCCCUACCGCCGCCGCCGCCCUGCCUAAUUUCCACGUGCAGAGGCCCCCAAGCCCAAGUCACCCGCGAAAACAUGUCCGCUUUGUCCGCCGUCCAGACGGCCACCACCCUGACUCCCCCCAGCAGCUCUCAUGGCGAUGGCAAUGGUAAUGGCAAUGGCUUCUCGUGGGAUUUCGCAUCUGCCAAACAUGACAACCGUCCCUACCACGACAAGACCGCCCUAAAGACCGAUGCAACAAACGGAAACUACAGGUCACAUCACCUCCAGAGGGACGACAAUGGCUCGGCGUUGGAUCCGGACUCGUCAUCUAAGGCCUCGAGUGGUGUAGAUCGGGUGAACGGACCAGGUCCAGUCUCGCGGUCCUACAGCAACGACGACGAAGACGACUCCGACGACAGGCCCGACAAUGUGGUCGACGUGCCCUUCGACGAGGAAUACCGGCGCAGUGGUCGCACGCAGACGAGGAGCAAGGACCAUCUGGACAUGUCCGAUGAGGACUCGAAAUGGAUUCACAGGGAUCUACUGGCCAAGAUUGAGAGCCAGGAGCUGCAAGCUGCCGGCAUCACCCUGCCUCAAUCGCGAUCUCGGAGCAGGCCAAGGCGGGACAGGAGCCACAGCAGCGUGAGGAAACCCAUGCAGGACAGUUCGUCGAGGUCUAGGAAAAACUCGUCGCACGCCAUGGAGCCCAAGACGCCCGACACGUCCGAGGCAAUCAACGGGUGGGACUCGAGGCCGAUUGAGGAGGCCGAGGCUGAGGGCGACGCACCUGCCAAACAUACCGGAGGCUCGCGCAUACCCCUGCCCAAGAAGAGCCCGCUGCCUAUGCCCACAACACACCUGGAGAGGGACAGGUUGAUGAAGAGGGAAAACAGCCCCGAGGAUCUGGAGAAGAAGAUCGAGAUGCCCAAGGCUCGCUCAAGAUCGAACAGCACCACCUUGAAGAACCUUGAGCCAUCGCCGACUUUCAAGGCAACCCCCGCGAAACGGGCUGCGACCACGGACCUAUCUCCAAAGAAGCAGACCCCCGCCGCUGCCCGAAAGGGCUCGGCACCGUCCAAGUCGAUACCUCCGGAGGCGCGAGGCAAGGUCAAGCCGAAGCCCAAGAAUGCGGCCAACAACGGACGACCCUCGACUAGAUCAGGCGAGCGUGAGCUGUCUGGAGGAGGAUCCAAGCCGAUGGAGGGUGACCCGCCAUGGUUGGUGUCGGCGUACAAGCCGGACCCUCGGCUCCCGCCAGACCAACAGCUCCUGCCCACCGUCGCUCGGAGAUUGCAACAGGAGAAGUGGGAGCAGGAGGGCAAAUUCGGAAGUGUCUAUGACAAGGAUUUCAGGCCCCUUACGGGAGAGGGCUUCCUGUCGCCUCCGGAGAACAUGCCAUCCUCGUCUUCUGAUGACAUCGUAAAGCAGGAGGUGGAGAAGCCGGCCGAGGAUUGGCCCUUGAAGUCGCCAGACGUUCCGAAGAGCCCUGCAUCGCCUGGCCGAUCCAGUUCCUACUCCACCAUGCCCAAGAUCCAGGAUAAGCCGCCUGCCAGCCCACUAGCGAGCCCGCAGCAGCCCCAGCGAGUCGAGUCUCCGGAGCCAAUGCAGAUCACGAGGGUACCGGACAUCCCGGAGAAAGAGCCGGAGCAGGCAGGCAAGAAGGAGAAGGGUGGCUGUGGCUGCUGUAUCGUGAUGUAAUACGUGUUCACUUGCGGCGGAAGCAUUCCGACUCGGAGUUUUGGUCCGAGGUCUGAGCCGACACGACAUGGACCACAACCUUGGCGAAGCUGCAGCUCAGCCUUGUGAGCAUCUCACACCGACCUCGAUAAGACCGAAACCCACUCCCCGACUCCUCCACCAUACCACCCACACCAACCGCAAUUUUCCAAUAUCAGACCCAUAUAGAGCAACGAGACUGCUCAGUCAAUGACGAUAUAACGAUUUCCUUUUACACUAUUUUCGACACCGCAAAGAUUGUCUAUACCUCUUCAGUCGACCCCAGGCCGUCAUACACACCCGGAAAGCGAUUCCUUUUGUAGCCUUUUUAAUUUUACUACUGCCACCUUUCCAGGACUCUUGCUUGGGCCUAACCUUCGGUCCUGUGUCUUUGCACUUUCCCUUUCUUGUCUUAUUCUUUCUCUGUGCGUGGGAGUUUCGGCCUUUUGGGAACGAGUUGCUUUUCUUUUUCUUUUUCUGGUUUACAGCUGCAUGUUAUGGGCGGUUCUGUGUUUUUGCUUUGACUACAUUUCUUCCUGGCAUUGCAUCUCCUCCAAACAGCGACUUGUGCCUUGUUGGUGCCUGGCCGGACUACCAUACAACCCCAAGACACUCCAACCCGGGAAGCAAACUUUAUGAGAAGAGGCGGCUGCUACCACGACGUCUGCCACGGCGGCCCUAUUUCCCCUCAUCACUGGAGAGCUCCCGGCCCGCACAGGGUCGCUUCGAUACGUCAUAAGCCACGAGCAAGGUCGAAUCGGAUGCGUCCCGUACAAUAUUCGAUAAAGGUCACACACACAAACACACAAGCCAAGUUCAGGAUGGAGGCGGUCACCAGAAAGAAAUUGGGCAACUUGUUUUGUCCGGGAAGUGGGGUCUGUUGUGCGCUCUGAUACCCUCUGUAUUUUCGUCGCCCCCACCGGUACCGAUCGAUGCAAAGAUUCGUGGGAGAAUAACUGGGGAGGGGAAAACCACACCACACACGCACGCACGCGCACGCACGCCGAAUCACACACAUAGCCGCCACACACACACACACACACACACACACACACACACACACACAUACACACACGCGCGAAUACAAAACGCAAAUUCACCACCAAACCACAAACUCUUACGAUGCAGGAAUAGGGUUAGAGCUGGAGUGACGGGGCACAGGUUGCGGCUCGGUGUGGGGAUUGACUCUCGGGGACGAGACGAGCGCGAGGUUUUUUCUUUGCUCAAAAUCAGGGGAAAACCGUGAAGCUGCUCUACUGCUAUUACCACGCAAAAGAUACAGCAGCAGGCUGCGAGCAGCAGUGGGUGUGGUUUGCGCAGAGGAUGGAGGGGGCCGGGGGCUCGGGGCCGGGUGGCAGUAAGCGGCGGACACGGCAGGAAAACAAAAUUAAACAUUAUUCUCGAAA